AUGUCUUUUAUUUUUGACUGGAUCUACAGAGGCUUGAAUGGCGUCUUACAACUUCUAGGAUUGUACAAGAAGACUGGCAAGUUGGUGUUCCUUGGAUUGGACAAUGCUGGCAAAACGACAUUACUGCACAUGCUCAGAGAUGACAGGCUGGGCCAGCACGUACCCACUCUGCACCCAACAUCUGAGGAGCUGACCAUUGCUGGAAUGACCUUUACCACAUUUGACCUGGGGGGUCACACACAAGCACGACGCAUCUGGAAAAACUACCUCCCAGCCAUAAACGGUAUCGUCUACAUGGUGGACUGUGCCGAUCGCGAGCGACUAGCUGAAGCCAAAGUGGAGCUGGAUGCUCUUUUGACAGAUGAUACGAUCUCAAAUGUGCCGGUUCUCAUCCUGGGAAACAAAAUCGAUCGACCGGAAGCCAUCAGCGAGGAUGCGCUUCGAGGGAUAUUUGGUCUGCAGGGACACACGACUGGAAAGGGCAAUGUGUCCAGGAAGGAGCUGAAUUUGAGGCCAAUUGAGAUUUUUAUGUGCAGCGUCCUGAAAAGACAAGGUUACGGCGAAGGAUUCCGCUGGCUGUCCCAAUACAUUGACUGA